AAUGUCAUCAAUAAAGCUUCGAAGGAGAAAGAAAACAUCAACGACGAACUUCAGAAUCUUUCUGAUAAACUUGACACGUGUAAUGAAGAAUUGAACACAAAGAAUGCUCAAAUUAAUGAAUACAAAGAAAAGCUUAUUCAAAGCCAAUCACGUCUCGUGAAGACUCAACAUGAUCUUCAAGUUGCACAGAGUGAAAUAAUAAAUUUAGAGAAAGAAUUGCACGUUGGGAAGGAGAAUCAAGAAGAGUUAAAAGAUAGAAUUAAAUCAACAGCAACACAAAUUGAGAAACUUAAAGAACAGAUUUCUGUAAGAGAAGAAGAUUUGAAGAAAUCCCAGAAGCAUGGCGAGAAAAUUGAAAAGGAAAAGCAAGGAUUGAAGGUUGAAAUUCAGUCGUCACUUAUCGCAUUGCAACACACAAAAUCGGAGCUGAACGAGUUACGCGAAGAGAAUAUAAAAUUAAUUAAAACUUUAAGGGAGAGCGAUGAAAGUAUCGAGAAAUUGAGAAAGCAACUUGAUGUAUUGUUAAGUGAAAAGGAAGUUAUAACAACUCAAAUUUCUCGUAAAUGCGAUGAGCUUGAAUUGUUGAAUCAAAAAAUUAACAUGAUGCAAAUGUCACUUGAUCGAAGUAAUAGUCAAUACAAUGAUCGACUCGAGGACAUAAGAUUCCUUAAAAUCGAAGUAAGAAAUUUAAGAUCACAGAGAAAUUUACUAGCUCGAGGAAUUGCAAACACCGCUGAUAUGCGGCAAGAAGUCUUACAAUUGAAUCGUGUUCUUGUUCAAGAAAGAGUUCGUUCUAGAGCUCUAGAAAACGAAAUGACAACACCAAUGAAUGUUCAUCGCUGGCGAAAAUUGAGUGGAAUCGAUCCAGACAAAGCUCAACUCAUUUCCAAAGUUCAAACGUUGCAAAAGUUUACGACUUUUAUGCCAAACGUCAGUUUUGUUGAAGAAAGAUGA